GGGCCCGGCCGCUAUUAAAGGCGCUGGGUCGGCAGCUGCCGCGGUGGUGCUGCUGGGUGGUGUGUGGGGCCAUGGCGACCUACGUGCAGCUGAACACCGGGGCCAAGAUGCCCAUCCUGGGGCUGGGCACAUGGAAGUCCCCACCAGGGAAAGUAACAGCUGCAGUGAUGGCUGCCAUUGAUGCUGGGUACCGUCACUUUGAUUGUGCCUAUGUGUACCAAAAUGAAAAUGAAGUUGGGGAUGGGAUACAGCAAAAAAUCAAGGAAGGUGUUGUGAAACGAGAGGACCUCUUCAUUGUCAGUAAGCUGUGGUGCACGUUUCAUGACAAGCCUCUGGUGAAGGGAGCCUGCCAGAAGACUCUUGCUGCCCUGAAACUGGAUUACCUGGAUCUCUACCUCAUCCACUGGCCUCUUGGGUUCAAGGCAGGAGAGGAGCUGUUUCCCACAGAUGACAAAGGCAUGUCUAUACCCAGCAACACAGAUAUUCUAGAUACAUGGGAGGCCAUGGAAGAGCUGGUGGAUGCUGGUCUGGUAAAAGCCAUUGGAAUCUCCAACUUUAACCAUGAGCAGAUUGAAAGAAUCUUGAACAAACCAGGACUGAAGUACAAGCCUGCAAAUAACCAGGUCGAAUGUCAUCCAUACCUUACCCAGGAGAAGCUGAUCAAGUACUGUCAAUCCAAAGGGAUUGCUGUGACAGCAUACAGUCCGCUUGGCUCUCCUGACAGACCAUGGGCUAAGCCAGAGGAUCCUUCCCUUCUGGAUGACCCCAAGAUCAAAGAGAUUGCAACCAAGCACAACAAAACACCCGCACAGGUUCUCAUUCGGUUCCAUAUCCAGAGAAACGUGAUUGUGAUUCCCAAGUCUGUCACACCACAGCGCAUUGUGGAGAACUUCAAGGUAUUUGACUUUGAAUUGACUAAAGAGGAGAUGGCAACUAUUCUCAGCUUUAAUAGAAACUGGAGAGUCUGUGCAAUGAGCACGUGCAAAACUCACAAGGACUACCCUUUCGAUGCAGAAUACUGAAGAUGGUUUCCUGCCUGUCUCCAGACUUCUCAGCUAUGCUUCUGCUGUUGUCUAUGAGUUGACUACGUAGCUUUCUCACUGCGUCAGACCCCCUCCUUUUUUCUUUCUUUUUCCCCCACAAAGAUGCAGUGUAUGUACUUGAUGCCUUUGUGUUACUAUCUUUUUUGGAAGAAGGAAAUGCUAAAAUGGUUCUGAAGAGCACACUGUGUGGACUAGUAGAUUGUCUUUGCCAAACUGCAUGUCUGGAACUGGUAAGCAGAAAAUAUUGAGAAAGUUUGAACAAGCAGUUACUUUUAUUUUGGAAUACUGUGAAUUGGAGCUAGUGACUGUUGUUGUCUGGAAGGACCAGGGUAUUGGCAGAUUUUACAUAAUUAAUGAGGUCUGGUUUUUUUCUGAUUACUUCUGGGUUUGGUUUUGUUUCUUUUUGUAACACCAUGCUUUUUUCUCUAAUUGGAAGUACAAGUUGAUUUCAAAGUACACCAGUUUCUACAUGGGUAGCUCUUUGAAAAGUGUGUCGGUCCUGGUUUCUUGGUGAUAUAAAAACUGUUUUUGCUUAUAAUAAAAUACAGUUUCAUUACUGUG